CGUCGCACGUGACGCCAUCAAAGCGAGACCCGGACAGCUUUUGAUCGCUGGAGCGCCGAGGAAAGUUUCUGCGGUGAAUGUGUCUUAUGUGGUGAAUUACGAUGGCGAUCACGCCAGCCGUGGACCUACCCCGAAGAGGACGCGUGAUCCGGCAAUUCAGAACUAGGUAGUGAGCGACCCUGAGGGAAGCCCUACUCUAUAAACCACACACUUUCAUGAUGAAGGUCCCUAAAUUAGCCGUAGUCUUUCUCUUAGCGGGCUGCGUGGUGUUGUACCUCACUUAUAUCAAACGCCGUAACGACAACAGGAACACACUAGUGUCCAUGCCAGUGCUGGAGUAUCUGGAAAGAGCAGACCAUCAGAAGGGACCCACCACGGCAGAGGUGCCUGGCCAAAGCUUCCAGUACGGCAUUAUGUUUGACGCUGGAAGCACGGGGACUAGAAUUCACGUAUUCCAGUUUAAACUGGAGCCAAAUGCGGCUCCUAAAUUAACACACGAGACUUUCAGAGCAAUAAAACCCGGAUUGUCUGCCUAUGCCGAUGACCCUGACAAGGGAGGAGCAGGGCUUCUGCAGCUGUUGGAGGUCGCCAAGACGACAGUGCCGGCCGCUCUGUGGGGCUCCACCCCCCUGGCCCUCCGAGCAACCGCGGGACUCCGGCUGCUCCCGGGGGAGAAGGCAACUCGCCUCCUGGAUAAGGUGAAGGAGGUGUUUGGAACAUCUCCGUUCCUCCAUGGGCCAGACAGUGUGAAAAUCAUGGAUGGUACCGAUGAAGGGGUCUUUGCUUGGAUCACCGUCAACUUUUUAUUAGGCAGCCUUCCUGGGUCUGAAAUUCCCACAGUCGGAAUGCUGGACCUGGGGGGCGGCUCCACCCAGAUCACCUUCUCACCACAGGAUGAGAAAACCAUUCAGAUGUCGCCAUUCGAUUAUGUGAAAUCGUUUCAGAUGUUCAACAGUAGCCACACCCUCUACUCACACAGCUACCUGGGUUUGGGGUUGAUGUCUGCAAGGCUUGCUGUGUUGGGGGGGUUGGAGGGACAGCCUGUAGAGGGCAGUCAUGAGCUGAUGAGUCCGUGUCUGGCUCCGGACUACGCAGGCCAGUGGGAACAUGCAGAGGUCAUCUACAUGCUGAAGGGUCAGAAAGCAGGAGAACCCAUGUACGAGUCCUGCCUAAGCAAAGUGGAGAAGUUGAUCUAUAAAAAGGUGCAGAAAGUGGAGGAGGGCAUGGAGUUCUACGCCUUCUCCUACUACUACGACCGCGCGGUGGAUCUGGGCCUUGUAGACGGGAAUACCGGCGGCUCCAUCAGGUUGAGCAACUACGUUGAAGGCGCCAAAACAGUGUGUAGGAACAUGGAGGCUGGUUCCGGAGACAACCCCUUCCUGUGCCUGGACCUCACCUACAUCUCAGUGCUCCUGCAGGAGCUCGGCUUCCCCCAGGACAAGGAGUUUAAGCUGGCCAGGACGAUCAACGACGUGGAGACCAGCUGGGCCUUAGGGGCCACAUUCUACUACAUCGAGUCCCUCCUCUUACAUUAACUGGAUCCAGGAGACAAGGGAGAGGAAUGUCCGGACCAAGUGACCUGCCCCUUCAACGCUGAGGGGAAUGAACAUCUCUGAUCCUACAGUUCUGCCUCACUUUUAACCCAGUCUUUGGUCCUACUUAGUAAUCAUCGGAGAAAAGAUGUAGAAUCCGCUCUAGUCUUUUGGUGCACUUGUAAUCCUGAAGAUGUGUAAGGCAGGAACUGAUCUUCAGUCAGCUUGUGGGCAAACGUUCACACAUUCGCACUUACUUUUGAACUACUGCACACAGACAAAUGACACUCCUGUGGCCAUUGUUCUUUGUAUUCUUGGAUGAUUGUAUUGGUUUUGUUGCC